UUGAAUUUUUUUUGCUUCCUCGAACCAUUGUGAAUUUCCUGCUACUGCUUCUUUAAAAGACACAGGAAGCAAGGCAGGGGAUGAGAGAGGUUGUUGGGCAUCAUGAUCGAUCAUAUUAACGUCGUUAAUUUGUUGAUCCUUACUAGGAUCAUGACCCAUGUCGAUUGUCGUUACUGCUUGAUUUGUUUCCAUACUAAAAGACGAAGCUUGAAAUGUGAACGAAAUGGACAGGCACCUGCAAAACAAGAAGGAAAAAACACAAAAGAAAUUUGAGAAGGAAACCCCUCCUUGAACCUAAGAAGACCCCUAGAGGCCUUCUCUGAGAUCAAGAGAGAAGGUGGAGAAAAGAUUUUAGAGAGAGAAAACAUUUUUUGCGGAAAUGCUCUGAUACACAAACGAAAACAUUAAUUGAUCUAGCUGUGUAAUUCACCGGGUUAAAUUGGGGUUUUUCCUCCGAGUGUGAACUGUGAAGUACUCUGUACCCCGUAGCAAGAAUUGUCUCCAGUAGCGAUCAAUUGGAAACCGGAAUAAUCAAAGAUGUCAGUAGAGCUGAAACUCUCCCGGUCAAACCGCAUCUACCGUCCUGAUGAACAAAUAGAAGGCAAAAUCAUCACAAAGUUUUCAUCUUCAAUAUCCCAUUAUGGCGUUCGUCUCACUGUAAAUGGUUCAGUCAAUCUCCAGGUUCGUGGAGGGUCAGCUGGGGUUAUUGAAUCUAUUGUUGGAGUUCUUAAACCCAUUACCAUUGUGAAGAAGAGUGUUGAAAUUAGACCUUCUGGAAAGAUAAGCUCAGGAACUACCGAGAUACCUUUUUCUUUGACCUUAAAACAACCAGGAGAGAGUAAAUCAGGAAAAUUUUACGAGACAUUCCACGGGGAAGAUAUAAGCAUCCAGUAUCUGCUAACUGUAGAAGUAGCACGGGGUUAUCUGCACAAGUCAUUGUCAGCAACAUUAGAGUUCAUCAUUGAAAGUGAAAAAGCGGAACUUCUUGAGCUGCCUAUUUCGCCUGAACUCGUGCUGUUCUAUAUCACGCAGGAUACCCAAAAGCACCCAUUGCUUUCAGAACUAAAAUCAGGCGGUUUCCGUGUAAGUGGCAGAAUACCAACUCAAUGUUCAUUGUCAUGUGCCCUCAGAGGGGAGAUGACUGUAGAAGCGUCUGCAUUGCCAAUACAGUCCAUUGAUAUCCACUUGUUACGUGUGGAAUCCAUUCUUGUUGGAGAUAGGAUUGCAUCAGAAGCAACUUUGAUUCAAACUACUCAGCAGAUAGCAGAUGGAGAUGUCUCUCGAGGCCUGUCUCUACCCAUUUAUGUCUUACUUCCACGGCUCUUAACUUGUCCAACAGUCUUAGCUGGUCCAUUCUCAAUUGAGUUCAAGGUCUCCAUUGUUAUCAGCUUUCAGUCAGAGCUUAGCAAACUGCACCCCAAAUCUGAUCCUAGAACACCAAGACUAUGGCUUGCAAUGGAAACAUUGCCACUUGAACUAGUUCGAACAAUGUGAAUUCGUCACGUCAUGAUUGAUUGGCAACACCCCCUUUCUCCCCUACACCUCAAAGGAUGCAGUAAAUCAAGAAACUUUUGUGCUAAUAGAUUCAUGUUGUAUCUACUUCGUUUGGAUGCACCGCAGUAGAGGAGAUAUAGUGCAUGAAAAAUGGAGGAAACUUAUGUUAGUGAGGAUUCAGCUCCAGUGAAUUUGAGAGUUCAUGAUUAUGGAGGUUUCAGCUUGUGUAUAUCAAUCAGUAACAUCAUGUGAAAAUCUUUGUAGUAUUUGAUAUGUCAGGAACAUGGUUAACUCAUGUUUCUUUUGAUUAUCGAGUGGUUAUUAAUUAUACAACAAUGUGCAAUAA